CUCAAGUGAAAAAAAAGAGCGACGUGAAAUACUAACGGAGAGAAGCGGCUGUUUUUGCGAGAUUGAUACACUGGGUUAAGGUCAGCGGGGUGGUUUCUAAAUGACAGUCAGCCUUGUGCUUGAUUUAGGCGCUGUUGAAGCUGCUCAGCAUUAUGCUUCUUUUAUGCGGAUAAUGACAUUACUGGGACAGUUUGACAUCGGUGUCUUAAGAACGGAAUAAUUAACUGAACCUGCUUGGCGCUGUUUCAUGUGACCCAGUAGUUUGCUUCUGGAGAAAACGAGCCAAAUGAUGUCAGGAAUGCAUUACAAGGGUCAAGAAGUCAGCUGCUGCAUCAAAUAUUUCAUAUUUGGAUUUAACAUAAUAUUUUGGUUGCUUGGGAUGGCUUUCCUUGGAAUCGGAUUAUGGGCUUGGAGUGAGAAGGGCGUUCUGUCUAACAUCUCGUCCAUCACGGAUAUGGGUGGAUUUGAUCCGGUGUGGUUGUUCGUGGUAGUUGGAGGGGUGAUGUUCAUCCUGGGUUUCGCUGGCUGUAUCGGGGCCCUGAGGGAAAACACCUUACUGCUCAAAUUUUUUUCUGUGUUUCUGGGGAUAAUCUUCUUCCUGGAGCUGACUACCGGUAUCCUGGCCUUUGUCUUUAAAGACUGGAUUAAAGAUCAGCUCAACUUUUUCAUCAACAACAACAUACGAGCCUACAGAGAUGACAUUGACUUGCAGAACCUCAUCGACUUCACUCAGGAAUAUUGGGAAUGCUGUGGGGCGUUUGGAGCAGAUGACUGGAACCUCAACGUUUACUUCAACUGCACGGACAGCAACCCCAGCCGAGAAAAAUGUGGCGUGCCCUUCUCCUGUUGCACCAAAGACCCAGCGGAAGAUGUUAUCAACACUCAGUGUGGAUAUGAUGUUCGGGCAAAAUCGGACGCAGAGCAGAAGACAUACAUUCAUGUCAAAGGCUGUGUGCCGCAGUUUGAGAAAUGGCUACAGGACAACCUGACAGUAGUGGCUGGGAUCUUCAUCGGCAUCGCUCUGCUGCAGAUAUUUGGAAUAUGCCUUGCACAGAAUUUAAUCAGUGAUAUUGAAGCUGUGAGAGCCAGCUGGGUGCCGCCCCCCUCUUUCGUUGCCCGCCGACCCCCGUCCCACUCCAGCAAGAAAGUCUCGGUGUACUCCUGAGGGAGGUUGGCCUGUUUGUUCACAUGAAAUGGCAGCUAGUCGUUCAAACACUCACAGGCCUGUGCCAGAAUGGUGAACACAAGAUGCCAAGUGCGCUGGAUCCUGUGUGCAUGUGCACCGUGACCUUUUACCAUCUGUAAAUAGUGCUACUUUUUUAAAACACUUAUUGUGUAAUGUGAAAAAAUGUCUGUGUCCACAGAGUUGCGUUAAACAAAAAAAAUUCCACCGCUGCAGAAGUAUUUCAAAAAGCAUAAUUCUAAAUAAUCUGUCACUUUGACAAAAUGUAAAUACUAGGCAAAGACAUAUCUGAAAUGUUUUUCAUGUAACAUGAAUCAGGUGUGUUUAGUUCAGUAGUCAGGACACAGUCAAGUUACUAAACAUUCCCACAAUGCACUGUGUACUAAUACUAAAUCACAUAAACGUUUUAAUAACAACAAAUGAGUUUAUUUUGGCAUAAUGAUUUUAUUGUAUUAAGCUACGCACUAAAUUAAACUCGAAUGCAUUAGUAACUAACAAG